AUGUCGACGUUCGGCGGCCUGGAACUGUACGGCGCCCCGCGCGCGGUGCAGUGGUCGCCGCUGGCCGCCGCUGCCGCCGCCGGCGCCGACUCUGUGACACUGGCCGCGGAGGUGGACUGGCCGGCGGGCGCCGAGGUGGUGCUCACCACCGGAGGGUUCGAGCCGCGGGAGACCGAGGUGCGCCGGGUCACCGCCGUGGACGGCCGGCGGAUCAUCCUGAACGACACACUGCAGCACGCGCACAACGCUACCAAUGUUGUGCUGCCGGGCGGCCAGACUAAGGCCAUGGCUGCCAAGGUUGGGCUGCUCUCGCGCAAUAUCCGCAUCGAGGGCGACUCGUAUGAUGACGUCAUCCAGGAGAGUUUCGGCGCCCGAGUGCUGGCCAGCAGCUACUACGAACCCGACACCGGCGUCAAAAAGACGGCCUCGGUGCGACUCUCGAACGUCGAGUUUCGUCUGGCCGGCCAGGAGGGCUGGAGCGACUCGUACGACCCGCGCUACGCGUUGGUGCUGCACUCACUGGGCGAGACGGACGCCACCAUCGUCAACUGCAGCUUCAACCACCUGUUCAGCCCGGCGGUGGGCAUCUUCUACAGCAGCAACGUCACUGUCAGAGGCAGCGUGGUCAUGCACACCGUCGGAUCGGGGAUCAUUGACGAGGGCUCCGGUAACCGUCUGGAGAACAACCUAGUGGCCUGGCUGGUCUUCCCGGGCACGUAUAACGGCCGGGACGAGCCGGACAACCUCUCCUGGGACGCCGCCUUCAGGGUCUAUAAGGCCUCCGACCCCGUGCUCGUCGGCAAUGUGGUCGCAGGCUCUGAGCGGCUCGGGUUCCACAUUGGCGGCACGGCCUGCGACUCCCCGUCUACCUGGGCAGACAACGAGGCGCACGGGGCGCUCCACGGGGUGCACAUGUUCGGCACAAUUCCACACCAGCAGUGCGCCAAGGUGAGCGGCUUCUUCGUGUGGCGCUCGUGGGACUUCGGCAUCUACUUCCACGUUCCCUCCGUCCACGUCAUCGUCGACGACAACGUCCUCGUCGAGAACACUAUGGCCGUGCUGCCCAUGCUGUACGCGCCCGACCCGCUGGCGCACCUGUUCGAAAACAAGCGCAUCACCAUCUCUAACACGGUGGUGGUGGCGGUGGCGGCCGCCGAGCAGUGCGCGGCCGACACGGCGCCCGCCAUCGCCGCCUACAGGGCACAGGUGCGCGCGCCACGCACCGCCCAGGGCGGCCGCACCGGCCUCGUCUGGGGACAGUUCCUCGCCAGGAAAGUCGGCGCGCCAAAGAAGACGUGGCACAACCCGAUGAGCUACCCGGCCGUGCGCGGAAACACCUACCUCAGUGGCGUCCAGCUGGUCAACUUUGAUCGGCUGUGCUCGGGAAGGCGCGACAUUGCCAUCAGCACACUGCAGGGCGGCGAUGACGCCCAGCACCCCGUCAUCAGCGACACCGUCACCUUCAGCGGCGUCAGCGAGGCCGACCGACUCUUCAUGCACGAACCGGUGCUGGGUCACGUGAACCCGUCCGACUGCGUCGAUAUGGACUGUGACGGACAGAAGCACGCCCUGCUCAUCGAUACGGACGGAUCCAUCAUCGGCUCUCCCGGCACGGCCGUGCCCCAGGCCGAGUACGAGUUUGACGGCGACCAGCGGCACGGUGUCGGCUACUACCGCGUCCCAGAGUCGGCCGUCACAGAGCUCAGUGGCGCCCGCAUCCCGUACGCCGACAAAAUGCCAAACAAAGGCGUAUGGCGCGGCACCGACUGCGUCUGGAAGUCCGACUGGCGCUCGUAUGCCUGUGCCGGUGGACAGCAGCGCAUGCUGGUCAUCGAGUCGAUGGACGCCGACACGGAGAUCCGACGCGUCUCACCGAUCGCGCUUAUCGCCGACCCGGGCCCGUCGGGAUUCGUGGACCUGCUGAACGGUCCGCAGGACAUGGGGUGGUGUUUCGGCUACACGUGCCAGGAGCGGAUCAGCACCUUCUACUCGCUGGUGGCGCCCGGCCGAGUGUACGAGAUGCACUUUACGGGCACGCCGCCGCAGCAUCUGCGCUUCCACUACCUGAACGCCGAGCCGGACAUGACGAUCGUGCUGAAGCUGUGGUACCCCAAGACACAGCGGUACGAUGUGUACUACGAGGGAGAGUUCGUCAAUCCAAAUAACGUCGACCCGGCCACCUCCAACAUCAUCCAGUCGGACAACCCCAAUGAAGAGUUCAUGCCGACAGUCGCGUCGACCAAGCACGGCGAGAACUACUUUAUGCGCCGAGAGGGCUUCCUGCACGUGGUUCUGCGUGGCCCGGGCAUCAUCGAGGUCAAACAGCAGCCGGUGAUUGUGCUCAAGAUGGGCUUCGUCUCGGAGGCGGACUUUUUCGAGACGGACGUGCUGAACCGUCUGUCGGACCUGCUGUCUAUCAGUCCUUCCCAGCUGCGGGUGGCCAAUGUGGUGCGCGAGGACACGGUCACCGCACGGCGCAGGAGGAGGAGGCGCCGCCGGGAGGCCGCCGCCACUACAGAGGUGGAGUUUGAGAUCGGCUCGGCGCCCUCCUCCAACACGUCCAGUAACGGCACGGACGGCCUGUCCAUGGAAGAGCUGCAGAGCACGCAGGCCAAAGUGGUGGACAGCUUCCAGACGGGUCAGAUGGACGAGGCGCUCGGCGUCUCCGUCCAGGACAUUCAGAUGGUGGACCCGGAGCCGCCGGCCACCGACCCGACCGGCGGUGUCAGAGCCACCAACGAGACCGGCGGCGAGGACCUCUCCGGCGUGGAAGGCGUCAAAACCUACUCGGAGCUGCAGCGGGAACAGGAGCAGGCUGAGGCCGAGGCCGACGCCGCCGGCGGGGUCAGCUACGACCGGCCCGCCGAGAUGGAGCUCGGCUCGGAACCUCUGUCCGGGGAGAUGCAGGAGCUCACCCGGCUCUCACCACUCAUCAAACUCUACAUGAAGAACGCACAGGGUGAGCGUAUGUCGGCUGUGGGCCACCCGUCCAGCCCGUGGCAGGUGCGCGCCGAGCUGGUCUCCCCGCCGGCCGGUGUCAGCCUCCUGCAGGACAGCGCGCCGUUCGUGGACGGCGUGGCCACCUUCAGCCGUCUGAUGGUGGACGGCGUGGGCUCCGGACUGCGACUGCGGUUCACUGUGGUCCAGCCGGCCGAUGUCGACUUCUCGGUGGAGAUGGGAGGCUCGUUCGCCACACUGAAGAAGCAGCUGGAGCUGAGGGUGGCCGGCGAUCCCGGCCAGCGGUGGCACGCGCCCGGCGCCAGGAUCAGUCCCGGUGUUCGUGUGGAGAUCAGGGACCCGGCCACCGGCGGCCUGGCCACGGCGGCCGCCCUGCGCGGACACUCGUGGAUCUUCCGGGCCAGCCUGUACAAGGACGCCAACGGAAAGCCCAGCGCCGCGCUCCAGGGCACGCGUCGGCUGGAGCUGGCGCCUCCGAGCGGUGAGCUGACCUACGACCCGGCGGUAGUGUUUGACAACCUGCUCAUCUCGCCGGCCGGCUGGAGCUACCUGAUUCAGUUCGAGCUGACCACACCCGACGACCCCAGCCUACGACUCAGAACCAUCGCCGGCCCGUACCAGAUCCAGUCUCUGAGUCCGUCCAGUCUGCCCGUGGUGCACACCAUCGGUCUGCGGAUCCGAGCCGACUUCUCCACCGUGGCGGAUAGGAAGCUGCCCUUCUCGGCUGAGGUGGCCCGGUUCCUGCAGGGCCGAUACGACAGCCACUUCACCGCCGUCUCCAUCAGCCAAGGCAGUAUCGUGGUGUCUGCCACGACCCGUGACCGGUCCGAGGACGACCACGAUGCCACCGUGGACCGUCUCAAGGCCGACCUGGACAGCGAGCUGACCAUGACGGCCGCCGACGGCACCGGCUACCGCUUCGACGGCUCGCUGCUGGUCGACGGCGCCGUCCGGCGAGAGCCGAAGCGCCGUCUGCCGCUGUGGGCGAUCGUGCUGAUCUGUGUUCUGGCCACGCUGCUGUUUGUCGGCGCCCUGGUCCUUAUAUGGAGCUACUGCUGCAACGAACAGAAAGGCAAGGUGCAGGACGUGAAUCACAUGGCGUUCAAGGUGCCCAUUAACGCCGUACCUCCGCCGCCCUUCACACCCGGCACAAUCAACUCGUUCAACAUCCGCAUGUCCAUCAUCGACCCCAACCACAAGGUGGCGCCCUCCGUCAUCCAGGUGACUUCGGACGAUCCUCUGGCUAACCUGGACGACUUCACGAUCGACUACGCGGACGAGACGGCGCCCCAGCUGACGGUCAGCCCGCCGGGUGACGCCCCCGCCCCGGCCGCCGCCCCCGCCCCCGCCGCCCUGGAGCUGUCUGACGUGGACGAGGCGGAGGGACCGCCGGCGGCCGAGCAGGCUCCGGAGACAGAGGGGGCAGAGCAGGCGGCCAGAGAGAGCGAGGAGCAGCGACUGCAGAGGGAGGCCAAACAGGCGCAGGAAAAGGCGGAGAAGGAGGCCGAGGAGACCCGGCAGGCGGAAAAGGCGAAGGACGAGCAGGAGUCAGAUGACUCCAUGCCCAUGAUGGACCUGGAUUAGCGCGGGAAAUGGAACACGAAAUCAAAGACUGGCGGUAGUGCAUCAUCUUAGCAUGGAACAGCGCUUCAUCACCUGUAUAUCUGACCACGAAACGGUUUGAUU